AUGAACGGUCUGCCUGACGACGAACCUCCUAGUCCUCUUGAGGGCCCAGAGGGAGAAGCUGAUGACUGGAACGUUCGGGAGAUUGAGUUUGGCGAGAGCAUCAGUGUCAUUGCCGAAGGGGAGCCUAGAGCUAGGAUUGAUCGCUGGCGAUCUGCCCAGAAGCAAGACCACAUGACCCGAUUUGUCGAAGAUGUUGAUACGGAACUUGAGUACCAACAUGGCCAACAGAAGCGUCGUUGCAAGCGAAGUCAUUCGGUAUAA